CAAUUUAUCUUCAUUUCCUAGUGGAUGAUGUGGCAAAGUUUUUCAACACCUAUUCAACCCCUGAUUUUGGUGGAUGCAGCUGUACAAUCCCUCACAAGGAAGCUGCACUUAAAUGCAUGGAUGAUAUUGAUCACAUUGCCAAGAAAAUUGGAGCCAUCAAUAACAUUUGCCAUAGACCGGACGGGAAGUUGUAUGCUUUUAACACUGACUACAUCGGUGCCAUUUCUGCUAUCGAGGAUGGACUAAGAGAAUUAAACGGAAAAGCUCCUGGAACUGAAUCACCCUUAGCUGGUAAACUACUUGUUGUUCUCGGAGCUGGUGGUGCCGGCAAGUCACUUGCCUAUGGUGGUGCACAAAAGGGAGCAAGAGUUGUCGUGGCCAAUCGCACAUUUGAAAGAGCUAAAGAACUCGCUGACAAAGUCGGGGGAAAAGCUAUGACUCUUAAAGAAGUGGAGCAUUUCCAUCCUGAAGAAGGAAUGGUUCUUGCAAACACUACAUCUGUGGGAAUGAAGCCUAAAAUUGAUGAAACCCCCUUGCCCAAGCAUGCCCUGAAACAUUAUUGCUUAGUAUUCGACGCCAUUUACACGCCAAAAGACACCAGGCUCCUGAGGGAGGCAAAAGAGACAGGAGCUGUCAUUGUUUAUGGGACAGAAAUGUUGAUCCGCCAAGGCUUUGAACAAUACAAGAACUUCACUGGUUUGCCUGCUCCAGAAGAAUUGUUUAGGCAACUCAUGGAGAAACAUGCAUAAGAGGGAAUGUGCUUCGUUUUUGCUGAAAAUCGUCUGUUUCUAUCAAAGCUAAAGUGUUUAAAAUUUUGCAUUAUAGGAGUAGCUGUUAAGUUAUGUUGUUGUAUUAAUAAAAAUUGAAUAUGGAAUGGAAGAACAACUUUUCUUUUG